UCUUUCUUUGCUCUUUACAAGUCCUCUUAGGCAACCAUCCUUCACACCAGGGUAGAACAGCAGGAACCCUGCAAGUCAGAGUUGUUAACUUUGUGCUCAGUGUUCCCCUCUUCCAAAAGUACAUACUUAGAUGGUGGGCUUUAGUUCAUGUUCCCAAAAUAAUUUGUUUCUUUACUAAAAAGAGAGCAAAGAAUACUUCACAGUGUCAUUUCCCAGAGACUCACAAGCAAAUGGCAUUAAGGACAUGGGUUUUGCUUUCUUUUACCUGCCAUGUGUUCUGUUCUUGCCUUUUAGCUGAACAUGUUCUCUGCCAGGACGUGGUCUGGAGUUUUCAGGGCUGUCAGACUGCAUCAUUUCAGAUCCCGUUCUAUAUCCAGAGCCUCUCCAAACCUGACUUUUGUGCCAGCCUGUCUUCCCCCAGAUCCCGCGGAAGUGGAGGAGCUGCAGCGCUUUGUUUCUAACUCCAAGAGGCUGUUUGUAAUGACUGGAGCUGGAAUCUCCACGGAGUCAGGGAUCCCUGAUUACCGCUCUGAGGGCGUUGGGCUCUACGCCAGGACAGACAGACGGCCAAUCCAGCACGCUGAGUUCGUCCGCAGCGCCAGUGCCCGGCAGCGCUACUGGGCAAGGAACUUCGUGGGCUGGCCCCAGUUCUCCUCCCACCAGCCAAACAAGGCACACCUGGUACUGAGAGACUGGGAGAAGCUGGGCAAGCUGCACUGGCUGGUGACCCAGAACGUGGAUGCCCUUCACACCAAAGCCGGGAGCCAGCGCAUGACGGAGCUGCACGGCUGCAUACACAGGGUUUUCUGCUUGGCCUGUGGAGACCAAAUCUUGCGUUCUGAGCUCCAGGAGCACUUUGAAGCUCUGAAUCCUACUUGGAAAGCUGAAGCGUUUGGAGUGGCUCCGGAUGGGGAUGUCUUCCUGACGGACGAGCAGGUGCGCAAUUUCCAAGUCCCAGCCUGCCGUAAAUGUGGUGGAAUCCUGAAGCCCGAUGUGACCUUCUUUGGAGACACAGUGAGCCAGGAAAAAGUCAGUUUUGUACACCAACGCCUGGCAGAAUCAGAUUCCAUGCUGAUAGCAGGAUCCUCUAUGCAGGUGUAUUCUGGUUACAGGUUUGCUCUUGCUGCUCGGGAGAAGAAGCUGCCAAUUGCAGUCCUUAACAUUGGGCCCACCAGGUUAGAUCACUUUGCAUCCUUAAAGCUGAAUUUCCGCUGUGGAGAGCUGCUGCCUUUGAUUGUUUGCACAUGACCCAACCAGCUGAGCUUCAGUAGCUAUCAGGAUUAAAGUUAUUUUUACAAGGACUCAUCUCAGAAAAGGGAAAACUCCAAUCCAAGAGGCAGCUGUGAGAUGCAGUGCUGAGGGCACCAGGAGAGGGCAGCAAGUCUCACACGCGUCAGCCUCACCAGUUCUCUCCACUGAAACCAUCUCCACGUAUCAGGAAACAGAAUGAGGAUGAAAAAAAAGUACUUUUUUUGCCUUACCUUGCUGUUUUAAACAGUGCCUUUUCAUUCACUGGGACAGGAUAAUUGGACUACCAUGUCUGAGGACAAAAUACCUUUGUUAUAAUUAUCCCCAGAGGAGAAGGGGGGAACGGGGAUUUUGCAGGUAAUUUGAGGCUGUAGCACAGGAGGGCGAUGUGGGACUGCUGGGGGAUCCAGUGGCACUGGUGGGAUACUGUAGAGUGUGCAAAGAGGAAAAGGAGGCAAGAGGAACUGCAGUGGUCACUUAAAAGAAAAAAGGUUCAAAAUAGAAGCUGAACAAGAGCAUUGCUCUUGUAACAGAUUAUUUGGAAGCACAGGCUAUAAGGCUGACAUCUUCCAGCAAGGAGGGGAAGUCAACUGUUGGUUGACAAGGUAAACUCCUUCCUAUCUGACCCCUUUAAAAAUGAAAUAUUGUUGAGAUGCCAGAAGCUAAUCUGACCAGCACUACUUUCAGUGAGGCCACUACAUUUUCCAGAAUGCAUUUUUGAAGAUGUUAUUUAAUUAAUGAAUAGCUACGGAAUCAAUUAAAAUUGUUUAGAAGAUUGA